UGAGCCUAGACCUAACGGGGCCGUAGCCGAGGUCGGUAGUGGCGUGUGGCCAUUUCCACGUCGUCCUUGCGGUCGCGCGCGGGUGACCUCGAGCUCUGCACUUGAGAGUUCCGUAAGAAGUGCAUGCCCGCGGCGCACCCAGAGGCCCCGCGGCUCUGGAGCUUCAGGCUCCUGGGUCUAGUGGGUCAGUUCGUCAGGCCAGUCAGCGCUGGCUGGAGCCGCCCGCGGUGCAGUUCUCCGAUCACGCCUUCCCUGCUUGAGGUGGACGCUGGGCGGCGGCUCGUCGCCUGCGUUGUCGCAACCCGGUAACGCCUCCACCCAGGUCGAGCGGAUCCGUCGGUGCCUCAGCUCCUCAGGAGAGAUGAAGAAAACCCUGAAGGAUGAGAUUGAAGCCAUUCUUAAGAAGAGGAUUAUGGUGCUAGAUGGUGGAAUGGGGACCAUGAUCCAGCAGUACAAACUGAAUGAAGAGAGUUUCCAAGGUCAAGAAUUUAAAGAUCACACCAGGCCGCUGAAAGGCAACAAUGACAUCUUAAGUAUAACUCAACCCGAUAUUAUUUACCAAAUUCAUAAGGAAUACUUGCUAGCUGGAGCAGAUAUCAUUGAAACAAACACUUUCAGCAGCACUUGUAUUGCCCAAGCUGACUAUGGCCUUGAACACUUGGCCUACCGGAUGAACAAGUGCUCUGCAGAUGUGGCCAGAAGAGCUGCUGAGGAGAUAACUCUGCAGACAGGAAUCAAGAGGUUUGUGGCUGGAGCUCUGGGCCCUACUAACAAGACACUUUCUGUCUCCCCAUCUGUGGAAAGGCCAGAUUAUAGGAAUGUCACAUUUGAUGAGCUUGUUGAAGCAUACCAGGAGCAGGCCAAAGGACUGCUGGAUGGUGGCGUGGAUAUCUUACUCAUUGAAACUAUUUUCGAUACAGCCAAUGCCAAAGCAGCCUUGUUUGCACUCCAGAAACUCUUUGAAGAGAAUUAUGCUCCUCCCCGACCUAUCUUUAUUUCUGGGACCAUUGUUGAUAAAAGUGGACGGACUCUUUCUGGCCAGACAGGAGAGGCAUUUGUCAUCAGCGUGUCUCAUUCAGACCCACUGUGCAUUGGAUUAAAUUGUGCUCUGGGUGCAGCUGAAAUGAGACCUUUCAUUGAAACAAUUGGAAAAUGUACAACAGCCUAUGUCCUCUGUUACCCAAAUGCAGGUCUUCCCAAUACUUUUGGUGACUAUGAUGAAACACCAUCCAUGAUGGCCAAUCACCUAAAGGACUUUGCUAUGGAUGGCUUGGUGAAUAUAGUUGGUGGUUGCUGUGGUUCAACACCCGAUCAUAUCAGGGAAAUCGCUGAAGCUGUGAAAAAUUGUAAACCUAGAGUUCCACCAGCUAGUGUUUUUGAAGGACAUAUGUUACUAUCUGGUCUCGAGCCCUUCAGGAUUGGACCAUACACCAACUUUGUUAACAUUGGAGAGCGCUGUAACGUGGCAGGAUCCAAGAAGUUUGCUAAACUCAUCAUGGCAGGAAACUAUGACGAAGCCCUGAGCAUUGCCAAAGUACAGGUGGAAAUGGGAGCUCAAGUGCUCGAUAUCAACAUGGAUGAUGGCAUGCUGGAUGGUCCCAGUGCAAUGACCAGAUUUUGCAACUUUAUUGCCUCUGAACCUGACAUCGCCAAGGUGCCACUGUGUAUCGACUCUUCCAACUUUGCUGUGAUUGAAGCUGGGUUGAAGUGCUGCCAAGGGAAGUGCAUAGUCAAUAGCAUCAGUCUGAAGGAGGGGGAGCAGGACUUCUUGGAGAAGGCCAGGAAGAUAAAGAAAUUUGGAGCUGCUGUGGUGGUUAUGGCUUUUGAUGAGGAAGGACAGGCAACAGAAACAGAUGUUAAAAUCAGUAUAUGCACCCGAGCUUACCAUCUACUUGUGGAAAAACUGGGCUUCAAUCCAAAUGACAUUAUCUUUGACCCCAACAUUCUUACCAUUGGUACUGGAAUGGAAGAACAUAACUUGUAUGCUAUCAAUUUUAUUCAUGCAACAAAAAUCAUUAAAGAAACAUUACCAGGAGUCAGAAUAAGUGGAGGUCUUUCUAACUUGUCCUUCUCCUUCCGAGGGAUGGAAGCCAUUCGAGAAGCAAUGCAUGGUGUUUUUCUUUACCAUGCGAUCAAGUUUGGCAUGGACAUGGGGAUAGUCAAUGCAGGCAAUCUACCCGUGUAUGAUGAUAUCCAAAAGGACCUUCUUCAGCUCUGUGAAGACCUCAUCUGGAACAAAGACCCUGAGGCUACUGAAAAACUCUUACGAUAUGCCCAGACUCAUGGCAAAGGAGGGAAGAAAGUCAUCCAGACAGAUGAGUGGAGGAGUGGCUCCAUUGAAGAGCGUCUUGAGUAUGCUCUCGUAAAGGGUAUUGAAAAGCAUAUUGUUGAAGAUACUGAAGAAGCCAGGUUAAACCAGGAAAAAUACCCCCGACCUCUGAAUAUAAUUGAAGGGCCUCUAAUGAAUGGCAUGAAAGUGGUUGGUGAUCUUUUUGGAGCUGGAAAAAUGUUUCUACCUCAGGUUAUAAAGUCAGCCCGUGUUAUGAAGAAGGCUGUUGGACACCUUAUCCCUUUCAUGGAAAAAGAAAGAGAAGAAGCAAGAAUUCUUAAUGGUUCGGUUGAAGAAGAGGACCCUUACCAAGGCACCAUUGUGCUGGCCACUGUUAAAGGUGAUGUGCACGACAUAGGCAAGAACAUUGUUGGUGUGGUGCUAGGAUGCAAUAAUUUCCGAGUUAUUGAUUUAGGAGUCAUGACUCCCUGUGAUAAGAUACUUCAAGCAGCUCUUGACCACAAAGCAGAUAUAAUUGGCUUAUCAGGACUCAUCACUCCAUCUCUGGAUGAAAUGAUUUUUGUUGCUAAGGAAAUGGAGAGAUUGGCUAUAAAUAUUCCGUUGUUGAUAGGAGGAGCAACAACUUCAAGAACCCACACAGCAGUUAAAAUAGCUCCACGGUACAGCGCACCUGUAAUCCAUGUCCUAGAUGCAUCCAAGAGUGUGGUGGUGUGUUCUCAGCUGUUAGAUGAAAAUCUGAAAAAUGACUACAUUGAAGAAAUACAGGAAGAGUAUGAAGAUAUUAGACAGGAUCAUUAUGAGUCUCUAAAGGAGAGAAAAUACUUAUCCCUAACUCAAGCCAGAAAAAAUGGUUUCCAUAUCGAUUGGCUGUCUGAACCUCACCCAGUGAAGCCCACAUUUCUUGGGACCCAGGUCUUUGAAGACUACAACCUGCAAAAGCUGGUGGACUACAUUGACUGGAAGCCUUUCUUUGAUGUCUGGCAGCUCCGGGGCAAGUACCCGAAUAGAGGCUUCCCCAAGAUAUUUAACGACAAAACAGUAGGUAAAGAAGCCAGAAAGGUAUAUGAUGAUGCUCAGAAUAUGCUGAACAUACUGAUAAGUCAAAAGAAACUCCAUGCCAGGGGUGUAGUUGGAUUCUGGCCAGCACAGAGUGUCCAGGAUGACAUCCACUUGUAUGCAGAGGGUGUGGUACCCCAGGCUUCAGAGCCCAUAGCCACCUUCUAUGGGCUGAGGCAGCAGGCUGAGAAGGACUCUUCCAGUACAGACCCCUACCACUGCCUCUCAGACUUCAUUGCUCCUCUGCAUUCUGGUGUCCGCGACUACUUGGGUCUGUUUGCUGUUGCCUGCUUUGGGGUUGAAGACCUGAGUAAAGCCUACGAGGAUGAUGGCGAUGACUACAGCAGCAUCAUGGUGAAGGCACUGGGGGACCGGCUGGCAGAGGCCUUUGCAGAGGAGCUCCAUGAGAGAGUUCGCCGAGAACUGUGGGCUUACUGCAGUACUGAGCAGUUGGAUGUUACAGACUUGCGCAAACUCCGAUAUGAGGGCAUCCGGCCAGCUCCUGGUUACCCCAGCCAGCCUGACCAUACUGAGAAGCUCACCAUGUGGAGACUGGCCAACAUUGAGCAGGCUACAGGCAUCAGUUUGACAGAAUCCUUGGCGAUGGCACCUGCUUCAGCAGUAUCAGGCCUCUAUUUCUCCAAUGUAAAGUCCAAAUAUUUUGCUGUGGGCAAAGUUUCCAAAGAUCAGAUUGAAGAUUAUGCUUUGAGGAAGGACAUGCCUGUGGCCGAGGUGGAGAAAUGGCUUGGCCCUAUUCUGGGAUAUGAUACAGACUGACUUCUUUCUUUGUUGUGCUUUUUUUUUCCUGUUCUUUUUCUUUUUUUCUUUAAAACCUUUAUGUUUGCUGACCUCAAGGUGGUACAAUCCAGAGUGCCUUAGAAAUAACAACAAAAGCACCUGUGCGCCUGCUGGCCUCCCCCACUGCCAUUGUUGGAAGGCUGGUUGGUGGCACCUGAUGUAGAGCAGGUCUUCUGGGGUCCUAGAACAUCAGUACUUCUUCAGGGACCUUAAAUGAGGUGCAUCAAGGUGCCAGGGCUCAUGGUGUCGUUAGGUUGUUAGACUUGGAGCAAGCAGAGACGUCUUUUGCAUUUCAAAGCAAGUCAACUAGCUUUUCCCCAUUUUUGCCUUUGACCUAGGAGGGCACUUGUACCUGUUUUUUGUUGUUUGUUUGUUUUUAUUGUUUUCUCACAUUCAAAAAAGGUCCUGAAAAUAAGUUGAAUAGGGGAAUGUAUAGAGAAAUGUGACAUUUCAAUCUAAGUGUUUCAACAGUAGACUUGGACAGGGAGGAAGGUGUUCCUCUCUUUUCUCCUGCAAGACAAUAUUUUCUCAGGUUCAACUAACUGACUGUAGAAUUCUCUGGCAGAGGCAUACUCGCUGCUAGCUGGACAGAAAUACUGGCACUGUUUGCCCUGGUGUGCUGGUGUUGCUAGGCACAGUCACAUUUUCCAUGCUUGUCGUUUCAUGGUCCCUUGCACUAGUGGAAAAAUGGAAGAGAAAAAAAGUGACUUCCAAGGGUAUUAUUUAACAUCUACUGUCCUCAGAAUGAGUAGGUUCUCAGCUGAGCUCUGGUAUUUGUGCAGAACUUGUGGGUGGCUAAGCCAUGCAGUUCUUUGCCUGCGCCUGACUCCAAACUUACAUAUUUUGGAUAUACUAUACUGUCUUGCUCUUUGUUAUUUCUGAAAAUAUUGUUCAGAGCAUUAGGCUCUGAAAACAAGACUUCAACAUCAACUUCGCUGUGUAACUUCCAUGUGACAUAAACCAAGUGCUCAGUCUUCCCAGCCUUGUCUGCUCAUCUAUAAAAUGAGAACAGUGAUCUUAAUUUCUGUCUCGUUGGAUGAGGUUUAAGCAGGAUUGUGCAUAGGGACAGUUCAGAUACACACAGAUGUCUAAGUGGAGGUUGUAGAGCUCUGUAGUCUUAGCACUAUAGGUCCUCAUGAAAAGAAGAAGAGCUCAAAAGAGGAGGUAGUAUAGGGAAAUAUGUGUGGGAAGAAGGAAAGAAAAAAAAGAAAUUGUCUCCAUUUUGCUGCUUGCUCUGCUGCCUGCUGUAGAGGCUAGUUUUAUGGAACAGAGGCUGGGAAUAGGGAGAGUUUUAUUGGUAAUUAUUUCUCCUUCGGGCCAUUCACCUCCAUUCAUAAUGAACACACAUGGGAACAGUCUUUUUCCCCCCCACAGUUGAUUCUCUUCUCUCAUGCAUGAUCUUUUCACAAUAUUUGGACUUUCAUGUACCAGUUAUUUUUCUUCUACUUACACUUAAUGCAGUGACAUUAAGGAAAGUGUAUUUUUCAUCUCUUACCACUGGUGUCUUACUAGAUCUAGAGGCCUUCCUGUGGGGUUAUCUUCUCUGGUUUAGACAGUGUUGACUGCUCCAAAUUCUUACUCAUAUCCCUCCCUUGACAUAAUUGUUGGUCUUUUAUAUUUAUGGUCGUUUCUCAGCCAUUUCUUUCUUAAAGUUUUUUUUCUACCUGCUUACAUUCUUAAAUUCUGUUACUCGUUGCUUUCCCAGCCUUUUGUUUCAGAGGAUGAUCUCUUCUGUCCAGUACCUCAGGCUCUUCCAUCCUUAAUUCUUGCUCCCUAAGAGGAAGGUUACCACCUCAGCUGAAGGAGUGCAUGAGGCAUCUGAUAGUGGAAUAUCCCAAACCUUGCUUCUGUGUAUCUCAUCUGCUCUCCAGUAUGUUCAGUAGUAAAGACUGGUUGGUGCUGCCCAGUCAGCAGGUUGCAAGGUCACUCCAUACUGUCUCUCUCUAGGACAGUUUGCUCAAAAACGUGUUGAACUGGCAGUAGAAGUACUGGUUCUUCCCUGAUUGCCUCAUAUUUUAGGAUCUGAAGAAUAAAGAUGGAACGGCAGGGAAGGCACAGAUGAGGACCUGUGAAUAGAGAUUAAAGCUAAUACAGACGCCAGAGUCUUUCACAUUGAGCUAUGAAGUCAAGACUCCAUCAGCAGUUCUAGCUGAGAUCAUGUUGAAGACAAGCAGACAAGCAAAGGAUCAGAAGUGGUCAGGUACUUCUGUAAAUGAAGAAAGGUUUAGGGAACUUGUCUGACAAUACAUGAAGCUUUAGUGUAAAAAUGGCUUAAGUCAUUGCUGUCAAAAGUUAAGGACUUUAGAUAAAUGAAUGACUUAAGCGAGAAGACCUUUUUGUAAUGACAUGAUACUUUAUUGAUGCUUUGGGAAUUUCACAUCAUGCACCCCAGCCCCACUCACCUCUCUAUCUCCAUAUCCACUCCUCACCACUGCAGUGUUCCUUCCCUAAAAGACCCCCCCCCC